UUGUAAGCAAUUGGAUUACAUUUAACCAAAUUAAUUUAGAUAUUCCAAGACACUCCAGUGUUCUUUGGUAAUGGUUUAUUGUUUCAUAGAUUGUUACCAGUCUGGCCCUUUCAUAUGAAGCAUAAUAGACUCUCAGCCAGAAUAAAAUGCAGGGGACAUUCCUUGCAGUUCUUUUUGUGUCGUGUGGCUUUUCAAGGGUGCUUAUUUAGUUUGCUCAAGACUUGGGUGGACCCAGCCAGAAGAAGAUGUCCAUAGGCCUUGCCACACCACCUUCCCACAUGCAGCACUGCCUGUGUUCCCACCUCUAACGCAUGCACACUGGAUUUAAUAUAUUUCCCAACAGUGUGUGCUUUGCAUUCAUGUUAUCGACCACCAUCAACAAUGUUGGGCAAUGAGGUAUCAGUUAGUAACGCUUUGAGAGGGUUUUUACCAGGACCCUCUCUAGUGUAGGGGCGUUAUGAAUAAUUUAAGUAAGUUAACUUCUUCUUUGUGAAAGGGAAUGAUCUAAAACCCUGUUCAGCCAGUGUCAAGGCAUAAUUAAAGUAGUUUAGUAGAUUAUGCAACCAGAUAAAGCUCUGUUUAUUUGAAAACACACUUGGCUAAUCCUAGUAAAUCAGCAUAGGAAGAUGUCUGCAUGGGUAUCGGGUAUUUUAGUUGGUUUACCAUGGUCAAUCCAGUCUUAAUGGGUGUGUAAAGCCUGGCUCUUCAUAAGGAAUUAACAGUAUGUUUUGUACUGUUUUAUAGUAAGGUAUAGCAAGGAUGGUUUUGUUGGUACAACGCCCAUCCUGUCCAGUGUAGAACAUGUGAUUGACAAAAAGCUGUUAAUACUAACAUUAUAAAUAACUAGGCAUUCAAUUCAAGCCUAUGUGGUAAGAUUGAUAAGGAUUUUAAGAAUAGAAUGGAUCUGGUUUUAAAAAUAUGAGGCUUGAAGUUUAGGCAAGAAGGAAGGUGUAAAUAACAUAGGGAAAUGGUCUGGUGUAUAGGAACAUACUUUAAAACUGUAUCCCUUUUUAUUUUAUGUACGUGCAUGAUGUCAAACUCUCUUCCACCUCCCUUCUGUGUUGUUCCAAGCCCACACCCAAGACUAGAGUCAAGGAGAAGCUGGCAGCAACAUCAUGCUUUGCAGAAUGUUGUCUUUAGGCUAAUUAUCAAAAAUGCCCUCUAGUCAACAUUUAUGUCUGUUUCUCUAAUUAGACUUGUCACUCAUUUAAUUCAGUGUCAUUUAGACCAUUCUAGCCAGGAUUACUACAAAAUACAAGUUGGAUUAAAGUCUGUGAUCCGUGUUGAUAAUAUGGCACUAUUAGAUUUCCAUUACUGAUCAUUGACUGAUCAUGAAUUUAGAUACAUAUUCUAUUCAUAUUUUACUAUGCUAAUUUUCCUUUAAAAAAUGUUCCUGUCACGUUUGCUCUUGAUAGCUUAUUUUUUUAAAUAAUAUAUAAUCCGCUUGUUGUUGGAGAGGAAGAUUCUUGAGGCAAAGCUGGAACUCAGAACAUAUGGGGAGCUGACCUGCACCAAAGAGAGGUAACUUCACUAUGACAGUGGAAGACUGUGCAGGCAGUCGGGGUGUUAGGGGUCGUGCUGGAGAAUCCAACUCAUCUGCUGUUACAACAAACCAGGAGGAGCACUGGUGCUCUGCUCCAGUGGGACUGUCUUUGCCUGACCCACUUCUUAACAUUCUUCCAUUCCUCCACCCCAGGAUUAGGAAAUCUUUAGUCAUACUUUGAACACCGGAAAAGGGAGUUUGGUAGUUACGUCAUAAUUUCCAAAAAUGUUGGACAUAAUGCAAACGGUACUAGGAAUGUAUUUUGAAUACCAGGGGCAACUGAUAAAAUAUCUGAGAUUUGUGUGUGUAAAAUGGUUCAGAUAUGUGUUAUCUCUUGUAUAGUUUAAAUAGCAAAAAUGAUAUUUGAAGCCGGAUGCUCAAAGCUCAAUAGCAUAAUAACAAGCAGAGUAGAGAGUAUGAGUCUAAGAGUGACCAUGGCAAUGCCUCUAGCAGUACCCCUAGCGCUACCAGACCUUAAACUCCUCACUCUACAUCAUAGAUUCUGCCUUGUGCUGGCGGUUCAGUGGGGGAGUCUCCCAUCCCAGCUGAAUGGAUCGGAGAUAUAUCUACACGGGGUGUGUUUGUGAACCCAGCCCUGUCCACUCGCUGCACCCAGAAUGUCAAGAGGGAUAACAAGUAGCCCCACUGUUCAGACAAGUGCAGCAUUGUACGCCACUCCACUGUGGAGAGAGUGGUACCACUCCUCUUUAGUCCUUAAUACCAUCUCCACCACAAUAACACUACUGCUAACUCUUAUCUCCCCCCUUCAGUCUGUAGCUCUGUAUGUCUUGUACUGGAAGCCCUCAGUGCUGCUGUUGGUUCCCUCCCGACUGUUUGUCCGACGUGAGUAGACGGGUAUCAUGUCUUAUCUGGAGAGCUUUAGGGCUGUUUAACUCUGAAGCGCCAGCUGUUGACUGACUAACGCAGUCAUCCCAUGGAAGACCAUUUGCUUUAUUUGCUAUGUUUUAGCUUUGCGGCUCCACAACGUUAGUUACUGACAGUAAGCAUGCACAAUGUAUAUCACUUAUUUGUGCUCUCAAUGGUUUUGACCUCUGUUGGACCCUGCUGCCUGUUCUCUUGUCUGGUGCUGUCUGCUGGAACAGUUCAGUAGAAAAUACAUGCUUUCAUUUUAAAUGCUACAAACGCAAAUUAAUUGCAGUCGACAGAAGGUCAUUGUGUGUGUGUGUGUGUGUGUGUGUGUGUGUGUGUGUGUGUGUGUGUCCGGCCGUGUUGAGGUGAGUCAGCGUGCAGUGGAGCUGCAGUAUCAGGUGGUGUACCAACAACUAACUUGAGUGUCAAGGGGAGCGACACACCACUCAGAGUUUCUGUGUGUGGCCGCGUUACAUGUGACUUAUGACUGCGCAAAACAAUGUAAAAUGUUUCUCUUCCCUUAUCAACCUUUGCUGCCCUGAGCCUCACGGUCAAAUCACAUUUCUGCAUGAUUCUGCACACACAAACGUACAAAGAGCCACGUUGCUACUCUGAGACCACCCGGCCCUCUGCCGGUCGCUGACCUGCCAUAUGUGAAGAAGCACCGUCUUUUUAGAGUUAAGCACCAUGAGGCCUUCUCUGCAGCGGAACGUGUUAUCGCUGAUUGGUCGGAUUGGGAUCAGGCACAAUGGUUUGUUUUUCAAUAGACCGACACGAGAAUAAAAUGGAUGCUCCCGGCAAAAUCAAAACACUAUAUUUUCGGUUUUCUGCAGUGCAUUUGAAUUAUUCUGCAACAUAUUUUUCAAAUGGAUGAAUUGCUUAUUCAACAUUUUUUCAGUGAAGAUUUAAUCAGUGAUGAUUGCGACCUAGCAACAUGGUUUCAGAGCCCUGUCGAGUACGUGUCUAUCAAAUCAAAGCACGGCAGCAACGUGACGUCCACCUAGAUUAAAGACCCCUGAUUGGUGAAUUGACGAGCGGGGCUCUAUGCCACACCUAAGCUUUGAUUCUUCUAAAUGAAAUUGUGCAGUUCAAAUCAUGCAAUCCCAAUAGUUCUCAAUACAACAAAGGAGGGUGACUUUAUUUUGCAAUUAUUAGAAAUAGAUGUUGCACACAUCGACUGUUAAGUCGGUUGAUAAAUCCCCCUACUAGUGUACGCUUGGUAUACCGAGACACUGCGUGAGUUGCGCAGAUGCAUGAAUGGAAAUCUCUGCAACAAUCCUGCAGACAAGGCCUUUAGCCUCAGUGUAACAUUUCCUGUGCUUCCCGUACGAUAGAAGAUAAGUGUUAAAGGUCAUACUUAAAUAAACACUAAUGGGAAUUUGGCAACUUUUGUUGGGGAAAUGUUUGCUCAAUGUUUUAUUGGCUGUUGUUUUUACAGUGUUUUAAUUGUUUCUUUCUAAUGAUCGUGGUUUCAUAAAUCUCCAUGGUUUGAUCAAGAGAGACUAAGCCAAGGACCCUUUUUCCUUUCCGUCUUCUUCCUUUCUUUUGUUAUUCCAGUUGUUUACAUCCAGGGCCUGUGGCAUCCUCUCUGCUCGUCUUGUCUUGUAGAUCAAUAGUAUGAAUAGUGUUUUUGUGUAAGCAUUUGUUGUCUGCCCUCCCAAAUCCCUUCUUGUGUGUGUUUUUUGAGCCAUCCUCAGGCCUAGCUCUUUGGCCCUCUGCUACUGCUCCACUUAACUGUUGUGCCCAGUGCUCCCAUUACCUUCACCCAUUACCAUCUCCCAUGCCCAAGAUUACAUUGACAUAUGAAUGCACUGCUUCCUCCUACUGCCCCUUCUGAAUGCUGUGGAUUGUUGUAUAGUCCCAUUAAGGCCAAACUUUUGCAAGAAUUAGACUGAGACUAAUGUUGAGCUUUUGAGGUUAAAAGGUUUUAACCAAAAUAUUUCCUGCACAAAGUAAUAUGAACAGUAUGACAGGGAGUCCUUUUUUGUUUUGUAUUUAGGUUCUUUGAUAUUUUCUGUGGUAUACUUGUUAUUGAAUGAGGAUCUUAAAUAGUUUCCCUUAGAUACACCUUCAAUUUCACCGCUGAAAUGUUUUCUUUAAAUGGCAGCAUGGCUUAUUUUUUUAUGUAGUCAAGUUGAUGCCUGAUUACAUUUUUAUCUUCUGUAUAUUGUAUCACCGCAGGCUGAACAGGUGUUGGGCUUGGGCGGUAUCACGGUAUACCGGGGUAUUAAGAAAUACUGAAGACUCCCAGCGGUCCCAUCUCUCCUCCUUCACCAUGAAGCUGAUGGACAAGUUCCACUCUCCCAAAAUCAAGAGGACCCCGUCCAAGAAGGGCAAGCUGCUGCAGCCCGAGCCAGCGGUCAAGAGUGCAGAGAAACCCGUCAACAAGAAGGUGAGCCGACUGGAGGAGCAGGAGAAGGACGUGGUGAGUGCCCUGCGCUACUUCAAGACCAUCGUGGACAAGAUGGUGGUGGAGAAGAAGGUGCUGGAGAUGCUUCCCGGGUCGGCCAGCAAGGUCCUGGAGGCCGUCCUGCCUCUGGUGCAGGCGGAGGCCCGGACCCAGCACAGUUCGGCGCUGUCCUCGUGUCACAACCGAGUGUACCAGAGUCUGGCCAACCUCAUCCGCUGGUCCGACCAGGUGAUGCUGGACGGCAUCGACCUGGAGGACAAGGAGAACGUGGUGGCCGUCACCACCGUCAUCAAGGCGGUGCUGGACGGAGUCAAGGAGCUGGUCAAACUGACCAUCGAGAAACAGGAGCAGCCCUCGCCCACCACCCCCAAUAAACCCGUCCCCCCCGCGCCCACGGCAGAGAGCAGCGCGUCAUCCGAGGUGUCCCUGACGGACCAGGAGCCUGAGGUCACCAUCCAGUCCCCCGCCCAGGAGACGCCUUCAGAGGCUGCGUCUGACGCCCCCGACGACGACGUGGCCCCGCCCAAACCCCCCCUCCCUGAGGCCAAGAUGGCAGAGCUGAGAGCUCAGCUGAGUGCUGACGCUGGCCAGAGGAGGUCCACACAGAAGGAGAAUCCCCCGCCGGCCCUGCCUCCUAAGAAGCGUCAGUCGGCCCCCUCGCCCACCAGGGUGGCGGUGGUGGCUCCCAUGAGCCGCGGCUCCAGCCUUCCCUGUAGUGUACACAGACAGCCGCACGACUACGAGCAGGAGUUCCUCCAGAGGCGCUUCUCGGGGGGCAGCCAGUCGUACGGCGGCGAGUCCCCACGCCUCUCGCCCUGCAGCAGCAUGGGCAAGCUCAGCAAGUCGGAGGAGCAGCUGUCCUCCCUGGAGCAGGACAGCGGGCAGUGCUCCCGCAACACCAGCUGUGAGACGCUCGACAACACGGAGACCUACGACCCGGACUACGACUUCCUCCACCAGGACCUGUCGGCCGGGGACCCCCUGCCCCAGGUCCCGGCCGGCGGCUGCCUCAGCCCCCUCCCCGAGUCCCACAACGAGUCCUCCUCCUCCUCCCCCGUCCCGGGACAGCACCCCACGCACCCCCGCUUCAGUGCCCCGCCCCCGCAGCACACGCCCGAGUACUGGACCCCGCAGCCCACCAAGAACAACCCCCUGGCCCGCAUCAGCGCGCCGCCCGCCCUGCCCCAGAAAAAGCGGCGCAGCGCCCAGGCCUCGCCCUACCCCGACGGGAUGGGGGCGCGGCUGCUGUACGAACGCUACCCCUCGCAGUACGACAACCUGUCGGAGGAGGAGCUGAACCCCACGCCGCCCUUCCCGCUCUUCUCGCCCAUCUCGCCCAUGCCCCAGAGCAACGGAGGGGCCUUCGUGGCGCAGUACCUGGCCAGCGAGCACGGCGACCGGCCCUCCAGCCCCCCGCCGCUGCCCGAGAAGAAGAGCAAACACAUCCUCCAGUACAUGCAGUUUGUGGAGGACUACUCGGAGCCGCAGCCCUCCGUCUUCUACAAGAUGCCGCAGAGCGAGAGCAUCUACGAGCAGCGCAACAAGCGCUUCCAGGAGGUGUGCGGCUUCAACGACUCGUUCAGCAGCACCGACUCGGUGCACGAGCCCGUGCUGCCCCCCGCCCUGCCCCCCAAGCAGAGGCAGCUGGCUUCCCACUCUUCCUCUCCUUCCUCCUCUUCCUCCUCCUCCCUCUCCUGCCACCUCCAGCCGUCGCUGGUGGCCAUGGAGGAGGCGGGCACUGGGCUGGGCCUCAGCAUGUCUGUCUCUAACUCCUACCUGAUUGGCCAGGCUGCCUUGACCACACCAACGAGUUUGGACCGGGUGGCCUUGACCAAUGCCACCGUUCUGGAUGGCAGCGGGGGCGGGCCCAACGGUUCACUGGCCGGCUCAUUGGGCUCUGUGGCUGUCUGUCUUCCUUCCGAGUCCUCUCUCACUGACUCUCUCCACACCUCAGCGAGCGAGGGCGGGUGUGACGAGGGCGGGGAGGGGGAUUACGUCAGCCUGUACUCCUCCAGCCAGGCCAAUGGGGAGCUCCCGCUCUCCCUCAGAGAGCCAAUCCAAGCCGACGAUGUGCUGACAGAUCCCGCCCCUGAGAUGUCCCCCUCCAAUAGCAAAGAGGCCAUCGAAAAAGAAAGGCGGCUGAAGUCCACGUCGUCAGCAGGCAGUGAUGAUGAGGAGGUGGAUGAGCUGUCCCUCAUCGACCACAAGGAGAUCAUGAGCAGGAUAACACUAAAGCAGGAGAGUGACGACGGCCCUGAUGUCCGCGCUGGGUCUGGGGACAUCCUGCUAGUCCACGCCACGGAGACGGACCGCAAAGAUCUGGUGUUGUACUGUGAGGCCUUCCUGACCACAUACAGGACCUUCAUCAGCCCAGAGGACCUCAUCAAGAAGCUACACUACAGAUAUACCAAGUUCUGCCACAGUCCGGACACUUUCAAGAAGAGGGUCAGCAAGAACACCUUCUUCGUCCUGGUGCGGGUGGUGGACGAGCUGUGCCUGGUGGAGCUGACGGAGGACAUCCUGAAGCAGCUAAUGGAGCUGGUGUUCCGUCUGGUGUGUAACGGCGAGCUCAGCCUGGCCCGCGUGCUCCGCAAGAACAUCCUGGACAAGGUGGAGCAGAAGAAGCAGCUGCGCUACACCAACUCCCUCAAGCCCCUGGCGGCCCGCGGCGUCUCUGCCAGGCCAGGAACUCUCCAUGACUUCCGCAGUCAUGAGAUCGCAGAUCAACUCACUCUCCUAGAUGCAGAACUCUUCUACAAGAUCGAGAUUCCUGAGGUGCUGCUCUGGGCCAAGGAGCAGAAUGAGGAGAAGAGUCCCAACCUCACCCAGUUCACCGAGCACUUUAACAACAUGAGCUACUGGGUGCGCUCGUUGAUCAUUCAGCAGGAGAAAGCCCAGGACCGCGAAAAGCUGCUUCUCAAGUUCAUCAAAAUAAUGAAGCACUUACGAAAGUUAAACAACUUCAACUCCUACCUGGCCAUCCUCUCAGCACUGGACUCUGCUCCUAUCCGCAGACUGGAAUGGCAGAAACAGACCUCAGAGGGAUUGGAGGAAUACUGCACGUUGAUCGACAGCUCCUCCUCGUUCAGGGCCUACAGGGCUGCCCUGGCUGAGGUGGAGCCUCCUUGCAUCCCGUACCUGGGACUCAUUCUCCAGGACCUGACCUUUGUCCACCUGGGCAACCCUGACCUCAUCGACGGCAAGGUGAACUUCUCCAAACGCUGGCAGCAGUUCAACAUCCUGGACAGCAUGCGGCGCUUCCAGCAAGUGCAUUAUGAGCUGAAGCGGAACGACGACAUUGUGUGCUUCUUCAACGACUUCAGCGACCACCUGGCGGAGGAGGCGCUCUGGGAGCUCUCGCUGAAGAUCAAGCCCAGGAACAUCACCCGGCGCCGGACGGAGCGCGAGGAGAAGACCUAAGACUCUGCCCCCUGCUGGGCCUUUGACCUCCAACUGUGCUUCAUGAUAACACUAACUCCACUUUACUACACACACACACACGCAGAGAGACAGAGCCAACGGGAGACUCAGAAUGGGGACUUAGGAACAAAAGCAUCAGACUUAAGAUACGAGUCCAGCCAAGGUUUCUACCCCGUGGAUCUAUUUCUUUGGGAGAUUAUAUUAUGGGAUACUGUGGGAGCAGUUCUGUGACCCGGACGCUGCGUGCCAAGAGAGGCAGAAGACUGAAUGACUCAGAGCGGACAGGGAGACCUUAUGGAACUAUAGCUCUUCUCCUCUCCCUGUCCUCUGUGUACUAAAGACACGGGACUUGCAAUGUAUGCCAGAUUGAGGUGAAUGGUCCAUAAAUUCCCCCCCACCCUCUCCAAGUGUUCCUUUUUCCAUGCCCUUAUGUAUGUGCCAUUUGUUGGUCAUCUUUGACACUUCCCGCCAAGAAGCUUAAGUUUGGCUAACCAAGUAUAUUCUUCCCAGUGUUUGAGGGCAGCCGGCCAUGAAUUGUGACGCCAGAACGAAGACUACAUUACGAAACGGGGAGGAGGGACGAGAUCACAUAAGGGACUGGAACCUAUGAUAUAUACGUUUGUUAAGAAAACAUUGUGUGUCAGAAUCAUGUAUGGUUAUAUGUAUUAUAUACAGUGCUCCUUUUGUUCUUAAAAAGGAUGUUUAUGCUUGUGAGAAGAGCUUCGCUUCUCCCAAGUGCCGUUUAUAUGCGCACUUACAAAAAAGCAAGUUAAAAAAACUCAUAAUUACUAAAGAUGCUGUGAUCUAUGUACAUCAUACUGAAUCAUCGUGUGCCAUUUUUCGACUAGUCAAAAACCACCAGGCAAUCAAGGAAAUCAUUUAGUGGUCAGGCGUCGAUUGAGAGGCUGCGCGUGACUGAAGUCCUCAUGACUCGUGUGUUGGUCCUUCCAUCGUAUGCUGUUGUAGAUCCACUUGGAUCGCCCCUUUGGGAUCAAGGUCCACCAACACAUCACAUUGUCCUCUAUUCAAUAAACAAACAGCUCAGUUUCUAUACAUAUUG